AUGGCGGGACAAGAUCCAAAAGUUGAAGAUGUGAAAAGAUCAGGAAUUUCCAUGGCGAUGGACUGGGGCAAGUCUCCUCUUCCCCCGACCAUUUUAGCUACUCUUUUAACCGCCCUCCACGCUCGACCAUUCCAACCUCUUCCUAUGCUCUUCCCUCCAGUUCUUCUCUUCAGCACUUAUCUCAAUCUCAACGCCUACCCUGUCGACUCUGCGGGUCUUACAGCGGCAUGGUCUGGUCUAUACCUUCUACUUGCGAACCGGAGAAGAGUCAAGGGGAAUAGCUUGGGUCAGAGAAUUGGGAGUAAAUUUGGCGCGAGGGGAUUGACUAGGGGCAGUGCGAUGGUGCUUGCAGGCGUCAAUGUUGUGGGCUGCGGACUUGCAUAUGGAUUCGGAAAAAGAGAGAAUUCGGAGAAGAAAAUUUGA